AAGGAUGGUUUCCCCGUUUGCCGAAGCGCCAGGCCGGCACCCAUUAGCGGCGUUUGACCGCAGCUUUACCAGCUGGGAGAGCAGGGAGAGGAGAAGAAACCAGGAGGGGAGAUUAAAGACCAGCGAGAGGUUUUCAUUGGCCAUCUGAAAAUUGCAGCUCGGUAAUUAAAGGCUUUAGGCAGCUCACAAAUAGCCCGGCUUUCUGCUGCCUCGCUCGUAUUGCGAGCUUGUCGCCGCUGCAGGGAGCUGGGAUUUAUACGUUGGCUGAAAAGGAGUUAAAGCAAAAGCCAUGCAGGGACCAAGGCCGGUAGUUCUGAGUGGCCCAUCGGGUGCAGGGAAGAGCACUUUGUUAAAGAAAUUGCUUAAAGAUUACGAGAACAUCUUCGGCUUCAGCGUCUCCCAUACCACGAGGGAGCCAAGACCCGGUGAAGUGAAUGGCAAAGAUUACCACUUUGUGACCAGAGAGGACAUGCAGAAAGAAAUCGAUGCUGGUGAAUUCAUCGAGCACGCAGAGUUCUCUGGAAAUAUGUACGGGACGAGUAAAGGUGCGGUGCAGGCUGUUCAAGCCCGGAACCAGAUCUGCGUCCUUGACAUCGACAUCCAGGGCGUGAAAAACAUCAAGAGGACAGACCUGAACCCCAUCUACAUCUUCAUCCAGCCUCCGUCCAUAGACAUCUUGGAAAAAAGACUACGUGACCGAAAGACUGAGACAGAAGAAAGUUUACUGAAGCGUUUGUCUGCAGCCCGUGUAGAUUUGGAACUCAGUAAAGAGCCUGGCCUGUUCGACUUGGUCAUUAUUAACGAUGAUUUAGAAAAAGCCUAUUCUGAAUUGAAGGAGAUGCUCCUGGAGGAAAUCAAGAAGACUGAAGAAUCCAGGAAGUCCUGAGCUGAGCCUGCGUGGACAUUUUAACUUUGCACAUCAUUCCCCAAGCACGUCACGCCCGUUUUAUUCCGCGAGACAUUCCCUUUAGGCGGAUCCUCCUCCCAGGUUACUCUAGGAUGUUUCUAUUAAAAGGAAAGAAAACCAAA